UUCAGAAAUUUAUUGUAAUUAUUUUGAAAUAAUAUAAUAAUUAAUCAAAUCCAUAGACAUUAAUUUUAUCGUCUGCUUGCCUAACCCGAUCGAUAAUAAAAAUUCUCAUGCAGAAUCUUCAAACAGCGCGCCCUGUCUUUGCAAUAUUACAAUGCUGAAUGGGCAGGCGAGAUUAUUUCAAAUAAUUAUUUAGAAUUGUUUAUAAUAUAAGUCAGAUUAUUGUUCUGACACGCAUACUGGUACAAUGCUUAAUAGCUGUACGUAUGAUGAGGCUGGAAAGAAAUACAAUCGAACAGUUCCAGCGGAGAAAAUACGAGUUGGCCGAGACUAUCAGGUCAUAGUACCAGAAUUUGUUCCUCUUAAUGAACGUCGCCUAGAUCAAUGCCCUGACAGAGCAUUGCUCGUGUGGUCACCAACAACCGAUAUACCAGAUCAAAAACUGGAUGAGUAUAUCAUAUUGGCAAAAGAAAAGUAUGGAUACAAUGGGGAACAGGCACUGGGAAUGCUUUUUUGGCACAAACACAAUUUGGAACGAGCUGUUUUGGAUCUGGCCAACUUCACACCGUUUCCCGAUGAAUGGACCGUCGAAGAUAAAGUUUUAUUUGAACAGGCUUUCCAGUUUCAUGGGAAAAGUUUUCAUCGCAUACGUCAAAUGCUUCCCGACAAAUCAAUCGCGAGUCUUGUCAAAUACUACUACAGUUGGAAGAAGACGAGGACUAGAACAUCACUGAUGGACAGACAAGCUCGAAAGUUGACCAGCGGGGGAAAAGAAGGUGAAAAUGGUAGUGAGAACGGGAGUGAACUUGGUUCAAAUACAGACAGUGAAUCAGAAGAAAAAAAGUGGACGAUCCACCGCGGAAUACGUCGUGGAAAAAACCAAGCUGUGCAGGGAAGCCAAGGCGGUGAUGCCAAGGCCUCGUCCGACUCGGAAAACAUGCCCCAGGUUCAGGGGGCGUGUAGCAACUGCGGUGUCGCUUGUCAUAGCGUUCGUACAACGCCCAAGGGACACGCGUGUCAUAGCUGCUAUCUGCACUGGAGGCGAACUGGAGUCGUCAGGCCAUUGAGCUCUGUGCCAGGUCGGUCGAACAAAAGAAAGCCACCGCGAGGAUUGGUUGUCAAUCACGACGAUCUAGCAGCAUUAGCUGGCCAGCCAAAUCAUGCAAACAACAGUCUACAAGCCAUUGACACCGAAAUUGUUAGCCUGAAACGACAAAUACAAUCUAACAAACAGCAAGUGAGUGCAUUGAAGCGAAAGACAAGUGAUGGGAUCGAUGAUUUACGACCGCCAGAAGUAUCUAGCCGUAUAAAUGCCCGUUGGACAAAUGACGAAUUAUUACUAGCUGUACAAGGAGUUAGAAAAUAUGGAAAAGACUUUUCUGCUAUCGCUGACGUUAUCGGUACAAAGACGGAGGCCCACCUAAGAUCAUUCUUCGUUAAUUAUCGACGAAGAUAUAACCUAGAUGCGGUCCUUAAAGAAUACGAGGCUGAAAAUGGGCCCAUCUUAAUCGAUGACGAAAAAGAAGAGAAGAUGGAGGUCGAUCAAGUACAGAAUAGUGAAAGUGCUGAGACUUCUCAAAAAGCAAAAGCUUCUGUUACGUUGGGUCAAACGACUAAAUAACAAUCAAGCACUGAAAU